UUCAUUUCCCGUCAUCGGCGUGGUUUCCUACCCGCGGUAGGCUUGUGACUUGAAUUUGAACAAUUUAGCGAUGGAUAAGAUUUUUGGAUCCCUGAAGAGUUUUCUGAAACUCAACACCGUUGUCAUUGACAACAAUGUGUUUCGACUGCACUACAAGUUUACAGUUUUGAUAUUGCUAGCCUUUAGCAUCCUCGUCACUUCCCGGCAAUACAUAGGGGACCCGAUUGAUUGCAUUUCCAGAGAUGACAUCCCCAAUAAACUACUGGACUCGUUUUGCUGGGUGCAUUCUACGUUUAGUGUUGAUUCUGCUUGGCACAAAAAAGUUGGUGACGAGAUCCCUUAUCCAGGAGUUGACAAGUACACCCCAGGUGAGAAACGUACUUACCAUGCCUAUUACCAGUGGGUUUGCUUUGUGUUGUUUUUACAAGCGAUGAUGUUUUACAUCCCUCGAUACUUAUGGAAAAUGUGGGAAGGUGGCCGAAUCCGUGCUUUAAUUUUAGGCCUCAACGCUCCUAUUAUGAGUUCCGACAAGAAGGAAGAAAACCGAAAAGUACUGGUGGCGUACUUGACCGAAAAUUUGGGGAAUCACAAAUUAUAUGCAGCUGAGUAUUUUUUCUGCGAAAUUCUCAAUUUUGUGAAUGUUAUUGGCCAGAUGUAUUUGAUCGACAGAUUUCUUGGUGGCGAAUUUUCAGCGUACGGACAUAAAGUCAUCCAAUUUACUGAAUGGGACUAUUCCGUCCGCUAUGACCCCAUGAUACACGUGUUUCCCCGACUGACCAAGUGUACCUUCCACAGGUAUGGCUCAUCCGGCGACGUCCAACGUCAUGACGCCAUGUGCAUCUUGCCCAUCAACAUCAUCAAUGAAAAGAUUUAUGUUUUCCUCUGGUUCUGGUUUGUUAUUUUGGCUGUCGUGUCUGCAAUGAUCCUCGCCUUCCACGCUGUCAUCUUCAUGUGGCCACAAUUUAGAUUCAUGGUUUUGCGUUCCCGCGCUCGCCUCACGCGACCCGAUUACCUGGAUAUUGUGCUUCGAAAAUGUACGCUGAGUGACUGGUUUGUGCUCGACUUGCUCUGUAAAAACCUCGACAGCCUUAAUUAUCGUGAUCUUAUCGUGGAUUUGGCGCGAAAAUUAGAAAGAAAAGCUGUUGACAUGGCGUAAUUUUUUCUAUGAUCUUUUAUGUUUUUCAUGUAACGUUAAGCCUAAAAUGGCGAUUUUUCUAUUGUCGUAUUAUAUUCAAGAAAUGUGAACUUGUUUUAUAUUUGACCCACAACAAACGUAAAGUAAUGGAAUUUUUGACCAAUUUUUCAAAGACUCUAAUUGCUCAAUAUAUUUUCAUAUAUUUUUGACGUAUUUAGUAUUUAUGCAUUUAGCAUUCCAUUUUAAGACAACCGUAACCAAUGUACUGCCAAUUAUUUUUAUAUGAAAUGUGACGUUUAUUAAAAUGUUAUAAUUAAUAUUUCAAUAUGCAUAUUGCAUGUUUAUCGAAUGUUUAGAUAUAUAUUCUAAGCAAUACAACAGUGCCUAUGGUCAGCAAAUGAACCGCAAUGUGAUCUAUUAAUCUGACACUUUUCUCGUAGGUUUAACCUAAUAAACUUUAUUGUUUCUGAAUCAUUGUAAUUUAAUUAAAUUGUAUUUAAAAUACAAUUUAAAAAACCUUUUUAUUACACUAACGCUAGUUGCGUUAAAGAAAUAUAAACAAUGUACAUUUAUUCACCUGAUGCAUUCUUAAAUUCCUAGUCCUCACAGAAAAGUGCCAAUUCUAGUUCAAUAUCUAAUCAUUUUUAUACUAGGAUGUCAGCUGUUUUUAGUUUGUUUGAAUUGCCAGUAAAUACUGUAAUUAAGACACAAAAUUAAUACACUUUAAGGUUCUAAAUUUAUUUUUAAAAAACCAUUUAAAUUAGUUAUUUCUAGGAAAGAUUAUGGAAGUCUCUUAAUCAGUUGAAUAAUUUUGAUGAAUUUCUUUGUUAAAUUAGCUUGUGUCUUGUGGCAACAAAAUGAUGUAAAAUAAAUAGAAUGUGAUAUAAAGAAUAGACUAAAAACAUAAUGAAGAGGUUUUAGUCAUGAAGUCUAUUGCUUCCAUUAUAGAGAUUAUGAAAAUCUCGUUUACCGAGCUCUGUAUGUUGACAGGUGUAGAAUAUCUGUUAAAAACAUAUCUUUUUAUCAUAUUUAUUGAGAGUGCUGCUGUGCUGUCCCAACUCGCCUAUUUUCAUAUGUAUGUACUUAUCAGCCAAAGAUAUUUUGGUUUACAUAAUCAUAAAAUUAAGUUCCUUUUUUCUUUCAUGUAUCAUAUUCAAUAGUUCUAGAAUAGCUAAUCAUUAUUUUUGAUUCCAAGAUUUGUCUUUGAAACUAAUGUGUUUUAAAUCAUAUAUGUAAUAGUGUUCAUUUUCAAAGUGGCAUAAAGGUGCUGUGAGCACAAAAUGUGCCUCAAAUAAGAAUCUCUUUUAUUUAAGCUUACCUAAUAUUGACGUAUUCAACUGGAAACAUGGCUUUUUAAAAUUAUAGUUAAAAUCAUUUUUGUUUUGUGUUAUAUAUUUGGAAAAUUGACCUUUAUAAGUGACUUAUUCUAAAUGAAAUCUUGUUGAGACAUGGGAAGUGCUAUUUAGCAUACCACUAGGUUUUUUUUACUCUUAUUUAAUUAUUUCUGUGUUUACCUUUUGUCUUUGAUACAAAGCCAAGCCUUAAUUUGGAUUUUUGUAAUUACAAGUUUGAUAGUACUUUUGAAUUUUGAUAAAUACAUAUUUGUAUAUAUGUUUUUAAACAAAAUAAAGACUUGGCCUCUUUA